ACCGUUUGUAUUAUGUGGAGGUGCCUGUCCUUGUUGGGGGCCUCUCCUUUCCCUGCCAGUACCGACCUGGGUGCCCACACUCAGUGUGUGUUGUGUUUGUGAGGCUGUGUAUUGCAUUGUGCCGCAGGGUGUCCUCUGGUGUUCCGUGUGGGGUUGUUGCAGGCCUCUCAGCUGUGCCCGUGGGUCCCAUCUGCUGAGUCAUGUGACACGUGGUGUUUGUCAAAGGCGGUGUGGGGCAGUGUGGUGUGGAUGUGUUUAGUGUCGCUGUGUCUUUGCGUAUUUCCCUGUGCGUGCUGCAUUUGUGUGGUCGUGCGUGGUGCAGUAGAUGGAGGGCAGGGCCACGUGUUAGCUGCCAUACACGGUGCCUGGAUGUGGCUUGUCCGUCAGAGGCAGUGGUACAUGUUUUCCUCUGCACACAUUGCAUUUGGGCCCUGGGGUGCAUGGAGCCUGUGCCCCCUUCCCAGGGGCACGAUUCUGGGUUGUGUCCUCUGUGAUGUCUUACGCUGGGCCCGUGCUGUUAGGGAUUCUGUGUGUCGCUGUACAGUGUAAGUCUCUGCCUGCGUCCAUUCACACUGCUCUCCGAUUACACACUAGAAUGGCACAUGGAUGGGGGCACACUGUGUGCGCUGUGAACCAGCCUCCGAGCAUCCGUGUGAGUCGCCAUGUGCAUGACGUGUGUCCGUGUGCAGUUUUCCAUGUGCUGGGUGAUGGGGACUGCCAUGGGGUGUCCCUAAGUGUUGUGUGUCUGCACGUGUUGGAUAUCAUGCCCCAGGUAUGUCAUGCGUGGGACUCUGAGAGUGCACUGUUAACACCGAUAUGUGUGUGUGUGGCGUUUGGGCACCGCUAUGUCAACACAAUCUAUGUGUUUGCGGAACACUUGCUCUAUGUUGUGCUUGUGUAGCUUAUGUGUGUGCACCAAGUAUGUGGUGUCUGGGUGUGGCUGGGAGUGUGUCAGGCAAUGCCCAUUUUGAUCGCAGUGUCUGUGCCUGUGUGUAGACAAUAUUUGGGUGGCUGUGUGUGCCAUGGGGCGCUGUCUGCUUCCGCACUGAGUGCCGGAGUGUGUCACACCAUGUAUGUGGUGUCUGGGUGUGGCUGUGGGUUUCAGAACUUGUUGGGAAUUGUGAGUCACUUGGUGUAGGUUGUGUUGUGUGGCCAUGUGUGUUCAGUUCUGUCUCUGACCACGCUGGGUGUGCUGGUGUCACAUGGUGCCUGGGCGUGGCUAGAUGUAGGUGUGUGUUACACAGUGCAGGCCGCUGUGUGUGACCAUUGGGUCAGUGUGCCUUCAUCCACGAGGAUGCACGAAUCUUCCUUGCUCUGCUCCAAGACACACUCCAGCCCUUCCUUAGUCUGAGAAGCGGGGUUGGGGAGCCUCCCCUCUGCCCAAGGGCCUCCCGGCCCCUCCCUGCCCUGCCCAGCAGACACCACCCCCAGAGGGCACCGGCUCCCUGUGCCUCAAAGCGAGAGCCCCAGAGCAACUGAGCGUAGCAGGCUGAGGACCUGCAAGCCACAGUGGCUGCCCUUUGUGUGCUGCGAGGUGGGGGACCCUGGGCAGGAAGCUGGCUGAGUCCCAAGACCCAGGGGGCCAUGGGCGGGGAGCUGGUGCCUGGCCUGGGAGCCCUUCGGCGGCGAAAGCGCCUGCUGGAGCAGGAGAAGUGGCUGGCCUGCUGGGCACUGACACUGGCGGGAAUUGGCAUCGGGCUCAUGGUGCUACACGCGGAGAUGCUGUGGUUCGGAGGGUGCACGUGGGCGUCCUACCUGUUCCUGGUUAAGUGCACCAUCAGCAUCUCCACCUUCUUGCUCCUUUGUUUCAUCUUGGCCUUCCAUGCCAAAGAGGUCCAGCUGUUCAUGACGAGGCAGUCUGUUAAUGCCACCGGCCACCUUUCGGACACUCUGUGGCUGAUCCCCAUCACAUUCCUGACCAUCGGGUACGGGGACGUGGUGCCCGGCACCAUGUGGGGCAAGAUUGUUUGCCUCUGCACCGGAGUCAUGGGAGUCUGCUGCACAGCCCUGCUGGUGGCGGUGGUGGCUCGGAAGCUGGAGUUUAAUAAGGCAGAGAAGCAUGUGCACAACUUCAUGAUGGACAUCCAGUAUGCCAAAGAGAUGAAGGAGUCAGCUGCCCGAGUGCUACAAGAGGCCUGGAUGUUCUACAAACAUACACGCAGGAAGGACUCUGGAGCUGCCCGCAGGCAUCAGCGCAAGCUGCUGGCUGCUAUCAACACGUUCCGCCAGGUGCGGCUGAAACACCGAAAGCUCCGGGAACAAGUGAACUCCAUGGUGGACAUCUCCAAGAUGCACAUGAUCCUGUGUGACCUGCAGCUGGGCCUGAGCAGCUCCCAUCAGGCCCUGGAGAAGCGCAUCGACACCCUGGCAGGAAAGCUGGACACGCUGACGGAGCUGCUCAGCACUGCCCUGAAGCAGCUGCCGGAGCCCAGCCAGGAGGCCACAUAGCUGGACCCAUGGAGGAAGAAGCAGGCUACUUUCCCCAGGACUGAGGUCGAGGACAUGCGCUCUUCCACUCCUGACCCAGCCCUAUGACUAAAACACCUCAAAUGCAAGGACCCAGGGGCCCCACCUUGGGCUGGGUUGACUCACUGAAGCUGCUGGAGGCGACACUGGCUGUAGGAGGGAGGCCGUGGCCCAUCCCUGAGGCCCCAGAUGGGAAAAUGGUCACCACUACCCCACAUACCCUCCACAAAAACAUCCUCACUGUGCUGCUACAGCUGGCCCCCAGCUUCUGUAGAAGUGGAGGUGCCUGCGGCCCAGAGUCCAGGAUCCUGGGGAGCCUCAGUUACCCGCUGGUCGGCAGAGCUGAAGGAGCCAGGCCUGAAGCUGGGACAAGGCAGGAGGUGGCGCCCCCUGGCGGGAGAGCAGGAGGACACUAUUUUUCUAGAGCUGCAGAGAAUAUGGUGGGAGAGGAGGUGGAGGGGGUGAAGGGGUUCACCAGUCUCUGUUCUUAUACUUUGUAAUAAAUUUUAAACAAAGA